AUUGAUAAUUUUUUAACCCAUAAAUAACGGGUUAGACAUAUGUCAGUAGUUUAUUUAGACCUAAAGUCUAUAUAUUAGAACAAAAGAAAAGUGACUUUUUAGUCGUAAAAUGGGACAAGCCGAUUCACGGCCUUUACAAGAUAUGGUUGACAAAAGCAAUUUCACUUCAGAAGAGAUCCAAAGACUUUAUAAAAGGUUUAUGAAACUUGACAAAGAUAGGUCAGGUUCCAUUGACCGAGAAGAAUUUCUUUCGAUUCCACAGAUUGCAAAUAACCCUUUAGCGUCAAGGAUGAUUGCUAUAUUUGAUGAAGAUGGUGGCGGGGAUGUAGAUUUUAAAGAAUUCAUUUCUGGUUUAAGUGCUUUCAGCGCGAAAGGAAAUAAAAUUGAAAAAUUGCGUUUUGCAUUUAAAGUUUAUGAUAUGGAUAGGGAUGGAUUUAUUUCUAAUGGAGAAUUGUUUCUUGUUCUAAAAAUGAUGGUUGGAAAUAACCUUAAAGACAAUCAACUCCAACAAAUUGUUGAUAAAACUAUCAUGGAAGCUGAUAAAGACAUGGAUGGAAAAAUUUCCUUUGAGGAGUUUUGUUCAAUAGUGGAGUCUACUGAUAUUGCAAAAAGCUUAACUUUAACUGAUUUCUAGCAGAAAGAAUAAGAAAUAUAUAUAUAAUAUUAAUUACAUAUUUAUGUAGCAUUCUGUGGUUUUGCUAUUAUACAUAUAAUAUAUAAAUAAUUUAUUCAGUCUCCCAUUUCGUAAAUCCAACUUUAUUAUUUAUAUUCAAAAAAAAAUAUAUAUAUAU